AUGCAGUUCGUCAAGACCCUCGUUAUUGCCGCCAUCGCCACCACGCUGUGCCGCGCCCCGGCUAAUGUCUUGGCUGAAGCUGACACCCACGAGAACACGCCUAACAUCCGCAAACUCUACUACAGCAAGAUCCCACAACCCCCCACACCAAGCCCUGCUGCCAACGACCGCAAGCUGUACUACACCAAGAUCCCACAGACCCCCACUCCGAGCCCUGUCGUCAGCCAGCCCGCUAUCAUUGAAGGCAGCAAUGCGGUGUACGUCACGCCACCUGACGACAACCGUCGCUAG